GCUCUGCCUCUGCCUGGGUCCUCUCACCUUGGGGAAGCAUUGGCGGGGGGGUGCUUUUUGUAGGGUCCAAACCCCCACCCUCUCACCGGUGCUCUCUUCUUCCCCAGCUUGCUGCAUUUGGAUGGGCUCAUCAAUGCCUGGCCUCGGUGGGCAUGGCCCCUCCCUGCUGUCCAUGGAGGUGCUGCUGCUGCUUCUGGUCAAGAUGCCCAAUGUCCCUGCCCAGGAGUUGCCAGAUCUUCUGCACCCAGGCUGCUCGGAGGGCAGCUGCUACCCAGCCACCGGCAACCUACUCAUCGGCCGGGCCCGUAGCCUGAGUGCCACCUCCACCUGUGGGUUGCAUGGGCCCCAGGAGUACUGCAUUGUCAGCCACUUGCAGGAUUCUGAGAAAUGUUUCUACUGUGAUUCGCGGAUGACAGGCGAUCGGGCUGGACACCGCAUUGAGAAUGUCAUCUACUUGAGCCGGCAGGAUGGGGAGAAGACCUGGUGGCAGUCAGAGAAUGGAGUGGAAGAUGUAAGCAUUCGGCUGGACCUGGAUGGCGAGUUCCACUUCACCCACUUGAUCAUGAAGUUCAAGACCUUCCGCCCUGCAGCCCUGCUGAUUGAGCGCUCAGCCGACUCUGGCCGCAGCUGGAAGGUUUAUCGCUACUUCGCUUACAACUGCAGCAAGCUGUUCCCUGGGGUCCCCACUGCCCCUGGAAUCAGGGUCAGCGACCUCGUCUGUGACCAGCGCUAUUCUGACAUCGAGCCCUCCAGCCAGGGCGAGGUGAUUUUCAAGGUGCUGGAUCCAGCCAUUCAGGUGGAUGAUCCUUACAACCAAGAGAUCCAGGACCUCCUGCAGAUCACCAACUUGCGUGUCAACUUCUCCAAGCUACACACUCUUGGGGACAACCUGCUGGACGGGCGGCCCCAGGGACUGCGCCAAUAUUACUAUGCCUUGUACGAGCUGGUGGUGCGUGGGAGCUGCUUUUGCCACGGCCACGCUUCUGAGUGUGCUCCUGCACCUGGGGUCCCUCCUGGAAGCCCAGGCAUGAUCCACGGGCUGUGUGUGUGCAAACACCGCACAUCUGGGCCUCACUGUGAGCGAUGCCAGGACUUCCACCACGACCGGCCUUGGCGCCCAGCAGAGCCCAGCGACCCUCACAUCUGCCGAGAGUGCGAGUGUAACCAGCACUCUAGGAGCUGCCACUUCGACAUGGCUGUGUUCCUGGCCUCGGGCAAUGUGAGUGGAGGCGUGUGCGAUGGCUGCCAGCACAAUACCAUGGGGCAGCACUGCCAGCUCUGCCGUCCCUUCUACUACCGUGACCCGCGAGCUGACCUCCGCUCCCCAGUGGCCUGCAGAGCCUGUGACUGUGACCCAGCGGGCUCCCUGGAUGGAGGAGUGUGUGAUGGGCGCACAGAUGUGGCGCUAGGCCUGAUUGCUGGGCAGUGUCGCUGCAAGGUCAAUGUGUGGGGUCAGCGAUGUGACAGCUGCCGCCAAGGCUUCUAUGGGCUCAGUCAAGCCAACCCUCUCGGAUGCCAGCCCUGCAGGUGUGAUCCCCAGGGCACCGUGGCAGGUAGUGCCCCCUGUGAUCAUGUCAGCGGAGAAUGCUACUGCAAGCGUUUCGUCACUGGGCGCUUCUGUGGCCAGUGCCUGCCCGAGUUCUGGGGUCUGAGCAAUGACCUGGCUGGCUGCCGCCCCUGCACCUGUGACUUUGGGGGAGCCUACAGUAACAGGUGUUCGAGGGAGGAUGGGUUAUGCCCCUGCCGUCCACAUCUCAGUGGCCGCCGCUGCCACCAACUCCAGUCUGGUUACUACUGUGCCACCCUUGACCAGGCCAAGUACGAGGCGGAGCAUGCCCAGGGGCACCCGCCCACAGACCCACUGCUGCCAGGUGCUCCCCGGCCUGAGGCUCCCUCAGACUGCCCCCAGGAUCCCAGCCGCCCACAGAGCAGGCACAGACCACGGCUCCGGCGCCAGCGGAGCCCAACCCGCUCCCCACCGUCCCACAGUCCCGCCCGACGCAGCCGCCAGCUCCUCCCUAAGCCUGACGUGGAGCCAGUGCCUAGGGAACGUGUCGGGACGGCCCCAACGUGGACGGGACCUGGCUUUGCCCGGGUUCGGGAUGGGGCCGGACUCUCCUUCCACAUCCACCACGUACCCCUUGCCCUCGGCUACGACAUCCUCCUACGCUACGAACCACAGUCAUCAGAGGACUGGGAAGCCAUCGUGAGCGUCCGUGCCAGCACGCUGCCCACUAGCCCCCGCUGUGGCAAUGUGCUCCCCUCUGAACAGCUAUACCAUGAGGCCUUGCCCCACCGCCACAGGUACGUGGUACUAGCCAGACCUUUCUGCUUUGAGCCCGGAACCCACUACGAGGUCGUCUUACGGGUGCAGAGGGCAGGGGUGACUCAGUGGCACCCAGAGGCUUACAUUCUUCUCGAUUCGUUGGUGCUGCUGCCCCGGGUGCUGGAGCUCCCUGGCCUCCGCACCGGGGACCCUGGAGCUGCCCAGAGACACCAAGACAUGGAGCGAUACCGCUGUCUUGAGGCCUUCAGGAUGGUGACCCUGCCCGUGCUGGCUGAGUCCUGCGCUGAGCUGCUGUGCAGCAUUUCUGCCCUUCUGCAUGAUGGAGCUCUGUCCUGCCAGUGUGACCUGCAAGGCUCCACCAGCACUGAGUGUGCCAAGCUAGGGGGGCAGUGCCAGUGCAAAGCCAACGUGAUCGGCCGACGUUGCAAUCAGUGUGCACCGGGCACCUUUGGCUUUGGACCCACAGGCUGCAGUGAGUGCCGCUGCUCUCCUGAAGGUGCCACCAGCAGAUUCUGUGACCCAGUGAGUGGGCAGUGCCAGUGCCGGCUCAGCAUCAUGGGGCGCCAGUGUGACCGGUGCCAGCCUGGACAGUGGGGUUUCCCACAGUGUAGGCCCUGCCAGUGCAACGGGCAUGCUGAGGAGUGCCACCCGCACACAGGGGCCUGCCAGGACUGCCGAGAUGCCACUGCUGGCCGCCACUGUGAGAGGUGUUUGGACGGUUACUACGGUGACCCGGUGCUGGGCUCCGGGCAGCAGUGCCGGCCCUGCCCCUGCCCCGGCUACCCUGGCUCCCGCCACUACCAUGGCAGUUCUUGCCAGGCCGAUGGCCACACUGGCCAGAUCGUCUGCCUGUGUGCCCCAGGCUAUGCAGGCUCCCGCUGUGACCGUUGCUCAGCCGGGUACUUCGGGCGGCCGGUGGAGGAGGGAGGAGACUGCCGGCCCUGCCAGUGCAAUAACAACAUUGAUCCCAGCGACCCCGCGGCAUGUGAGCCCCGCAGCGGCCAGUGUCAGCGCUGCCUCCACAACACCCAGGGGCCCCGCUGUGCUCACUGCCGCCCUGGUUACUAUGGCAACGCCCUGCAACGCAGCUGCCGACGCUGCACCUGCAACCUACAGGGCACAGUACCCACCCGCUGCCCACUCUCUGGGCCCUGCUACUGUGACCGGAUCACUGGACAUUGCUCCUGCCGACCCCACGUUCUGGGACGCAACUGUGACCGCUGUGCCCCCAAUUUCUGGAACUUUGGUGGAACCCACGGCUGCGAGCCCUGCAGCUGCCACCCCACCCGCUCUCUGCAUCUGUCCUGCAACACGUUCACAGGACAGUGCCACUGCCGGGCAGGCUUUGGAGGCCGCACCUGUUCCCACUGCCAGGAGGGCUACUGGGGUGACCCGGAGCUGGAGUGCAGAGCCUGUGACUGUGACCCCCGGGGCUCCGAGUCCCUGCAGUGCCACCGUCUCACUGGUCGCUGUUCCUGCCGGGAAGGUUUCACGGGAUCACGCUGCAGCGUGUGCACCCGGGGCUUCCAGGACAGCUUCCCGCACUGCCCGCCCUGCCACCCCUGCUUCACGCACUGGGACCAGCAGCUGGGCCUGCUCCGCAAACACCUGGCCUGGCUGAACCAGGAGGCCGAGGCCCUGCGGCUAGGGGGCCCGGGGCCCGAGGUCAGCAGCGCCCGCCUGAGGAGUCUAGAGGAGCAGUUGCGUCAGGUACAGGGGCUUCUGGGAGCCGGACAUUUCCAUGAGACCCAACUGCAGCCGCUCACACGCCAGCUGGACAACUUCAGGAGGGAGGUGGCAGCCCUGGGGCUGGGACUGCUGGCAGUGGAGCAACACAUGGUGAGCAGCAACUUGCAGGUUGAGGGCCAGCAGAGCCGCCUGGGAAAGCUGGCUCGGGAGCUAAACCACCUUAAUGGUUCCGCCACCCGACUCUGGGAGCAAUUUCGAGAUGCCGUGGAGGCCAGGACCAGUGAAACUAUAGGCCACAUCCUGGCAGCUGCCCAAGCCUCUCGGGAUGCAGAACGCCAGACCAACACCUCCCUGCAGGGCCCAAACAGUGCCCUGGGCCAGGCCCACAGCACCAGGCGCCAGACAGAGCAGCUGCUGCAGCAAACGGAGAAAACUCUGCGAAGAGGAAUGGCUGCCCAGCGUACCAAACUGCAAGGGCUGCUCACAGACACUAAGGCCCUCAGCAUCUUCACAGCCAAUCAGCGGAUCUGUGGGGCUCGAGGUGAGAAGGGCUGUGCCCUGUCCCCCUGUGGAGGGGCAGAGUGCCGGGACAGCCUGGGGCGGCGCCACUGUGGCGGCCCCAACUGCCCUGGGGCCCUGCCUGUCUCCCUCAAGGCACUGGGGACCGCCCAGAAUGUCUCAAGAGCAUUGGGCCACACAACUGAGCAGCUUGGACAGCUUGCCCAUCAGUUGCUGGAGAUCCAGGCAGUGGCCAGGGCUGCCCAGACCCAGGCAGAGGAGACCCUGAGCCGAGCACAGGCAGCCCGGGGACGGGCGGGCAAGGGUACCGCCCAACUGUUGGACUUCAUCCAGAGAAUCCGCCUCUUCCUGAUGGAGGAAGGAGCAGACCCAGAAAGCAUUGAGCUAGUGGCCCGGCAGGUUCUGGCCAUCUCACUACCCAGCAGCCCUGAGGAAGUGGGGCACCUCUUAGAAGAGAUCCGGGACAGCCUCCGUAGCCUGGACGGUGUAGACCGGCUCCUCAACAGCACUGCUCGGGCCAUGGCCUCUGCCCAGGGACUGCUGGAGCGAGGGCAACAGGCCAGGGAAUGGGCAGAGGGAGUGAAGGGCACCAUCAUGGAAACACAGGGCACACUGGAGAUGACUCGGAAAAGCAUGAGGGCAGCAGAGCAGGUGCUGCGGAAAGCAAAGCAAGCACUGCGAGGUGUGGAGAGCCGGGUGCGGGAGGUGGACAGGAAGUUGCAGCAAGUGACAUGGGCUGUGGAUAUGGAUACGGCCUUGGAGAAACUCUCAAGGGAGGUGGCUAAUCUGCAGACUAAGAUGGCAGACAACAGAAAACUGGCACAAGCAGCUGAGGGAAAGGCGGGCCAUGCCGCCAGUACUGCCAAGAAACUGGGGAAGGAUAUGCAAAUGGUGAAGCAAAGAUAUAUGGAGUUGCAAGGCCAGGUGGGUAGCCUGGGGGGUGGGAUGAACAAGGCCUGGGAACGGGCCCGACAGGUGCAGCAUGAAGCCCAGGAGCUCUUAAGGAAAGUCAGUGGAAGCAAGACCCAGUUAGAAGGGCUGGAGAAACGAUUUGAGAGGAAUGAAAAGGAACUCGAAGAGAAGGUCUCCCAGUUGCAGACACUUGAGAAGCAGGUCUCAGGAUUGUUGGAGCAUAUCCGCCAAGAGGCCAAUGCUUAUGCCACCUGCUGAGCCCUGUUCCUGUUGCUCACCCCCAACUCUGUCCUCCCCACUUCUUCUCUCCCCCUAAAACAGACUAGUUAAAAACCUUUCAGUGUUUUCCCUUGUGGGAGCUUAAGUCAGGGUGCCCCGCCCCCCCCCUCCCCCCCCAACCACUGAGAUCUCCCCACCUGUUUGCUGUUUUCUCCUCUCAGCUCCCAAAUACUCUCAUUAAACUCAGCCAAACACAGCCAGCUGAGACAUGAAUCAUCCUAAACCCAACAUGCAUCUGUUUCUCAACACCUCCCUCUUCCCCAUCACCAACCCCCACAUACAGGCUUUGGGUCAUCAGGCCCAGGAUUAUGAAGUCUGCAUUCUGGCUCCUGGAGUUGGGAAUUACUUCUGGGCUAGGGCCAGGCCAACAGGUGUGAAAAGAGGAAAAUCCCUACCUCCCAUCUCCCCAUAUCUCAAGACUGUGUCCUUAUGUCUCUUUAAUUUUGGGGACAUUCACUAGCAAACCCUGUAUUCCCCAUGUGAGGGGUUAAAGGCUGAAUCUCUAGCCCUAACUCUCCAUCCCACUCCCUUUCUCCAUUCUCCCAGCGACUCAAGUAUCCGGAAAUAGCAAGUUGGAACCAAAUUUGUUUUUCCUCCAGCGGAAGCAUGACUCUUCCCUCCUCCCUGCCGUUUCCCCCCCCCCCAACCCCCCGCCG